AUGGUUUUCCAUGGAGCGGCACUUAUUGAUUUAUUUGUAGGUUGAGCAGCCUGCUGUUGGUUCCAGCUUGGCCUGCCACUCAGCCGCCUGUGACCCACUGGGCUGUUUUGCUCCACUGGCCGUGGUCUGCUGCUUGCCAGCUUUUGUCGAGAAGUAACGGGAGGUGGUCCGUGGUGCAGGAAACAUGCCUCUCCCUGGCACCGCAGACAGAAAAAGGCAUUGUGCUGGUGGCAGCGGAUUCAGACCAACCGCGGGUGGGAUUAAUGAAAUCUCCGCCUGGCACUGUGCAUCUCCAGGACCGGCCACAAUGGGCAAAGCCAGGAGCCUGGACGCCAGCCGGCCGGAUCGGCAACCCUUGUUUGUCUAAGGCAGUGGGACGUCCCUGGUUUGGCUGCGUUGCCGACUCUGCACAGAAGCGGCUUGUGGGCAGCCUUCCCGACGCGGCUCUGGAGGCAAAUCUGCAAGCCAUCUCUGGGCUAGCAUUCCGAUCCCAACCCGUGGAGUUGCGGGCUGUUCAGUUAUUGAAUUACGAGAGCUAA